GAGCUAUAAAAUCCCAGUGCCUCCCGGGAUUGAUUACCAAACAGUUUUUGCAAUUAGCAAAGUCAGUUCUAAGCACAACAUAAAUUUUAAAAUUCAAGACAAAACCAGCAUAAUGGGUUGCAAGGCUUGUGGAACCAACUGCCAGUGCUCGACCACCAAGUGCGGAGACAACUGCGCCUGCAGCCAACAGUGCGAGUGCGCCUGCAAGAACGGGCCCAAGGACAAGUGCUGUGCCAACAAGAAGAACUAGUUUCCAGGACCCCCUAACCACUGAACUCCUCUGGCAUAUUGUGAUUUGUUGUGACCUACACGAGCAUGAAAUAAAAAUCAAGUUUAAUUUUUAAAAUCAAAUCUUUAUUGGCCAUUUUGACAAGAAUAGUUCUUUAGUUACUUCCCACUUAACGUUUCGAAACUGCACACCCAAUUAUCGUUUGAAAUUACAUUUAAAACACUUACACAAUGUAGACAAUUAGGUCGAGUACACAGUGUGGACAGGACAUUACGAUUCCCAAAUAUCAACAUGGUUUUUGGCGAGCCUGUCUGCUCGUCGUUGUGUAUCGAAGUGUGUGUGUUCUGAGGGUAGUGGGUGGGUGUCAGUGUCGGUGUCUGAUUGUGUGUUUGGGGAAUGCGUUUGUGCGCGAGUUUUCACAAUUAUAUAUUAAAAACUUGACGUACACCAAUUGACAUUUCGGAUAUAGGUUCUCAAAUAGUGAACAAGGUCACUCGCUACAAACUCCACUCUGGGCGUUAAGUGUUUUUGAAAUGUUUACUAAGUUACUCAUUUAUUUUGAGGGUGGUCUUAAGUCUUAUAAAGGUUCACGUGCAAAGCUUAGUGUACUCGUGUGUUAUUGUAGUUGUUACAUAGAUGAUUAUGCUUACAUUGUCGCAUAUAUAUAAACUUUGUGUUGGUUCCCCUCGUGUCUCUGGUAAACUGACUAAAGGCAAUAGGCUAUUGCAUUUGAAAUGCAUUGCAAUCUGUGCCCUGACUCAAACAAACUAAAAAUAUACAUGGAUUGGUUAAAUUUUACGCACUUUCAGCAUUGGAAGCCAAUUAAAGGAGGGUGUUUUGACAUAAAGCAAAUUCACAAUGGUUCUUACAUGAUACAUAACUAAAAUUAACGCAAUUCUUAUCUCGCAGGGCUGCUCGUCGUUCGAUUUCCUCUUCGUCGCUCUAAAUCGCUCUAAACAUAGGUCUUAGCACGCAAAAUAUGGUAAAUUUUACACUUAGUUGUUAAACGUAAUCGAUUCAAAUUAAACUCAUAAAUUUAGAUUCAACAAAUAGUUACUAACUAACUAAAGCGAUGCUCCGCCAGCCAGUUAUCCUCGCCAUCGGUCGCAGGUCGCAUCGUUUAAAAGUAAUGCUUUGUCACAGAAAAACGCAAUGGUACAAAAAAAUCAAAGUAUAUGUCUACAUAUAUAAAGAGUUAUACAUAAAAAUACAAAACGAAUAACACAUGCUCGGGACACAUUCCAUAGGUUUAUACAAGGCAGGCAUUCCAUAAGGAACUGGCUGCAUACGUCAGACACAAUCAUAAUCACGAUAUAAGAAAUGUUCUGGUUGUGUGGCAAAGGUGUUUGUGUUCAGGUGUCGCAAUUUGCAUGCAUUGCUCUGGUAGUUCAAAUUCAUGUUGUUGUGGUGGAUGUUGUUCUGGAGGUUGUUUGGCGAUUCACAAAAGCU